CCUAAACCUCCCUUGCACAGUUCCAAGGCGAAAAAUAGUCCGAGUCGCUUCUCCGAUUGACCCUGUUUCAUCUUGGCUCCACCCUUUCUGCGGUAUUCCAAUGGCGUCCGUGGCUCUUCGAAACCCUAGCUCGAAGCGGCUCAUCCCAUUCUCUUCCCAGAUCUACUCACUACGUUGCGGCGGCUCUAUCCCCUCGUCCUAUUCGAUGUCCGUUUUCGUCGGAGGGGAUGAUCGCCUCUCCUCCAGUUUCUCUGCCUCCUGCUGGAGAUCGAUGGCCACUUUUACUCGGACAAAACCUCAUGUAAAUGUCGGAACAAUCGGACACGUUGAUCAUGGGAAGACCACUCUAACUGCUGCCAUUACAAAGGUGCUGGCCGAAGAGGGAAAAGCAAAGGCUGUCGCCUUUGAUGAAAUCGAUAAAGCUCCUGAAGAGAAGAAGAGAGGAAUCACGAUUGCAACGGCUCAUGUGGAGUAUGAGACUGCAAAGCGCCAUUAUGCUCACGUUGACUGCCCCGGACACGCAGAUUAUGUUAAAAACAUGAUCACCGGUGCUGCCCAAAUGGAUGGUGGUAUUCUGGUGGUUUCGUCACCAGAUGGACCCAUGCCUCAGACUAAGGAACAUAUCCUACUUGCACGUCAGGUUGGUGUUCCAUCACUUGUCUGCUUUCUCAAUAAAGUUGAUGCUGUGGAUGAUCCGGAGUUGUUGGAGCUUGUUGAGAUGGAGCUACGGGAACUUCUCAGCUUCUACAAGUUUCCUGGGGAUGAAAUUCCUAUCAUCCGGGGAUCUGCUUUGUCUGCUCUGCAGGGUACUAAUGAUGAAAUUGGUAGGAAAGCUAUAUUGAAGCUAAUGGAUGCUGUCGAUGAAUAUAUACCUGACCCAGUUCGCCAACUGGACAAGCCCUUCCUGAUGCCUAUUGAAGAUGUUUUCUCAAUUCAGGGGCGUGGAACUGUUGCAACCGGUCGUGUAGAACAGGGAACCAUCAAAGUAGGUGAAGAAGUUGAGAUUUUGGGUUUAAUGCAGGGGCCUCCACUGAAAACCACGGUUACCGGUGUUGAGAUGUUCAAGAAAAUUUUGGAUAAUGGACAAGCCGGUGAUAAUGUAGGACUUUUGUUGCGGGGGUUGAAGAGAGAAGAUGUGCAGCGAGGCAUGGUGAUUGCAAAGCCCGGAACAACCAAGACAUACAAAAAGUUCGAAGCAGAGAUUUACGUGCUGACAAAGGACGAAGGUGGACGUCACACCGCCUUCUUCUCUAACUACAGGCCUCAGUUUUACUUGAGGACAGCAGACGUGACAGGAAAAGUGGAAUUGCCCGAAAAUGUAAAGAUGGUUAUGCCUGGUGACAAUGUCACUGCAGUUUUCGAACUCAUCCUGCCCGUCCCGCUCGAGCCAGGUCAAAGAUUUGCCUUGAGGGAAGGAGGGAGGACAGUUGGAGCUGGUGUGGUAUCAAAAGUGAUGAGCUGAGUUGUUUGUUAUAUAAUUCUUCAAGGUGAAUGAGAUCUGAGAGAAUGGUUGAAGAAGAACAGAGAGAUUGAUGUCAUCCUUUUUUUUUUUUUACUUCAAAGCAUUUCUUACCUAUUUUGUGAAUUACAAGAGUAGGAUUAUAGUUCUCUCUUGAUCCCAGAGGCAAUAAUAUUUGAGAAACACAUCAACAGUUUCUGCUAGAUUUUUGACAUUCUAGGUUCAAUGCCGAUUCUUCCUCAGUAA